AUGAGCGAGACUUCCAACUUUGUAAUAGCCAACUCCCUGGCGAGGAGACUGCAACGUCGUUUGCACAACUCCGAUCAAUCGUCUCGCAGUCGAGAAGAAGGACAAGUGCAAGUGGAGGGCCAGGGCAGUGGAGAUAAUGGACUUGGCUUGCAAACCAUGCUCGAUGCGUACGACUUCAUCAUGCCUCACAACACCGCCGUCCGACGGUAUCGGACGCUCCAGAGGCAUGUGGCGGAUGGACAUUUGACCAACUUUUUCAACACGAUCCAUAUUUACUUCCCCAUCUUUGAGACUUCCAGAUUUCGAGCCACGUACUCUCGCCUCGCUGAGCUGUUCGGCUCGAACCUGUUGUUCACUUCGCCACGGGAGAAUCAGGUUCAGCAACAAUCGUUAUGCCUCGUCUACGCAGUUCUUGCUCUGGGUGCAUUAUAUGCCGACGAUGAGGACAGCUCAUCAUGGGCUUGUUGGUAUUUUGCCGAGGCGCAAGAGUUGCUUGGACGGUUGUUUGAUGCGGUCAGUUUGGAAUUGGUGCAAGCGGCGAUGUUCAUGGGUGCCUAUGCACAGCAUACUCUCAAACCAAGUUUGGCUUAUACUCUGGCGGGAACCGCAACCAGAAUGGCAUUCUCUAUCGGCCUCAAUGUGGACUCAAACCUCACCUCGCAUGAUUGGGACGCUGAAGAAGGGCGGCGCACGUGGUGGAUGAUCUAUAUCCAGGAGGUAGAGUUAUCCCUGGAUUCUGGCCGGCCAAUGUCCAUCAGUAAGCGUGAUGUUAUAGUGGACCUGCCGAGGGAGCAUGCUGUUGCCGGCACGACUUCAGAUUCAAAUCAGCCAUACCAGCCUUUAGCUGAGUUCGUACCAGUCCUUGCGGGAGUUGCCCAAAUCACCCGUGAUAUCUUGAAAUUUGUUGCGAGAUUUGGCAGUGCCAAUGGUGAAAAGCGGUCAUCCGUCUUCCAGAUUCCGUCAUAUGAUGAUCGGCUUAAGCGGUGGAAGCAGUCGCUUCCAGCCUGGCUCGCCUUUCAUGGUGAAGAUCCUGCCCGACACUCGUACACUGCCAGCAGUUGGAUCUCUCGCCAACGGAGCAGUCUCCUAGUCCGUGAGUCCAAGAUUGCGCAGCAGCCGUCCUGCAAGACAUCUGACAAUACAGUAGACUAUAAUCUCGCUCUCAUCGUCCUGCAUCGGUUGUCUUUUAUGGAAUCUGAUUCCCAAGCGGCUGGACGGUUGGUCAUGGAAUCUCGGUCCACUUGCGUACAAGCGGCACAAACCAUAAUUCUCCACAUACAUGGCUUGUUUGAGACGGCGCCUUGGCUGAAGCGUUGGAGAUAUUACUGUUAUUAUUGUCUGCAAGCAACCUUGGUACUUCUGACGAAAGUUAUCGAUGAGCCCAUGGCUAAAGAAACCGAAGAAAUAGUCCAAGUGUGCGAGUUGAGCGUCAGCAUCUUUGGACAAAUUGAUCUCAAGGCAGCUAAAAGGUGCGCAGGGAUUGUUGCCGGACUCAUCGCGCGCUGGAGAAGACACCGGCAUGCUGGGGAGACCAGUCUAGAGGAUUCUUGGGUCACUCUCAAUUCGAAUCAAAAAGCAACACAGCCACCACCAACGAUGGAAAAGUCGGUCCCUAUUCAAAUAUCUGAGCCCGAGUGCUUGACUCUCUCCACGGAUCUCGCUAGUGCAGCUCAGCAAGAACUUGCACGGAUGAACGAUAGAGCUUCGCCACAUAGUAUGUCACCAGACGCCUUCAACACACACGUGGAAGGAACACGUUUGGAUCCUAUGCCAGAGAGUGAGGACGUCAAUUUCCCUUUCACUGACGAUCUAUGGACCUAUUUUGCCGACACGGCAACGCAGCCACGCUCCUUUGAAAGUUGGAUGGACAUUUUGACCGCGUCGUGA